AUGAACAGGCCAGUUGAGAAGGGCAGAGGCCUGCGCCAGGUGGUCCUCCCUCAUGAUUUGUGCGAUAAAUUCCUCACUGCAGCAGGAAUGAACACCAAGAAAAAAAUAGAGACAUGUGGUGUUCUAUGUGGAGCCCUGGUUGGGGAGGAGUAUCACAUCAGCCAUAUCCUCAUUCCUGUCCAGGAAGGAGGCCCAGAUUAUUGCUGUGCAAAGCAUGAGGAGGAUCUCUUCUUUAUUCAAGAAGGACUGGGACUUAUUACAUUAGGAUGGAUACAUACCCAUCCAACCCAGACAGCCUUUUUGUCAAGUGUAGAUCUACACACACAUUUUGCAUACCAAACGAUGCUCCCUGAAUCCAUAGCUGUGGUGUGUGCUCCCAAGUAUAAACAAAUUGGAAUUUUCACCCUGACACCUACUGGACUACAAGAAAUAUCCGAUUGUCCACGGAGAGGGUUUCAUGCCCACAGACAGGACACAGCUCUCUUCUGUGACUGCAGUCAUGUCAACACCCGGAACAUCAUGGUGACUGUCACAGAUUUGAGAUGA